UUAACUUGUAGUUGACAUCGAAGUGACAAUGAAGACCGGCAUCGUUCUAGCACUGUGUGUGGUGUCCGCUCUAGCCGGUCCCGAAGAGGAAAUCUGGCUAAAGUUCAACAAGCUUCGUCCUGCUGGCUUGGAAGGAUAUGAAGUGCCCGAUUUCGAAGGUAGAAUCAUAGGAGGAAGCGAAGUCGAUAUUGCCAACUUCCCGUACCAAUUGUCACUUCGCCAUAAUGGAGAUCACAUCUGCGGAGCCUCCGUCAUUUCCAGCAACUGGGCUUUGUCCGCUGCUCAUUGCACCGUUUCUCCAGUGACCGUGAGCUCCGCUAGUUUACGUGGAGGAAGCACCAGUCGUCUUACCGGAGGAAUUAUUUUUGCUGUAGCUCAAAUCAUUAACCAUCCUCAGUACAAUGCUAACGCCAUCGACAACGAUGUAUCCGUUUUACGACCAACGACGUCAUUCGCUGGAACUAACAUCUCGCCAAUUACCAUCGUACCUGCUGGUACUAGCUUUGCCGGAGGUACCCGCUCGGUUGUUUCGGGUUGGGGUUUGACAUCCCCUGGAGGAUCUUUAUCUACCAACCUUCAAGCUGUGGAUAUUCCUGUAGUUGCAACUGCCACUUGCCGCGAACAAUGGGGAGCUUCCCGAAUUACCGAUACCAUGAUUUGCGCUGGAGAACCAGGACGUGACUCCUGCACUAGUGACAGCGGUGGGCCACUUGUCACUGGAGGACGUCAGUUCGGUAUUGUCUCGUGGGGUUCACCUCAGUGUGGAGGUAAUCUGGCCGGAGUUUACGCUAAUAUUGGUGCAAGUGUCAUUCGCACUUUCAUAAGUUCGAACACUGGAUGGGACACGGUAUCAGUUGGUAGCAGAGUUUUGGCCAAGAUGAAGGUGUUCGUAGUGCUUGCAUUGUGCUUAGCGGCAGUUGCUGCUGGUCCCGAAGAGGACAUUUGGUUGCAGUUCAACAGACGUAUGCCCGGUGCAUACUAUGGCAUGAAGGAACCUAUUGCAAGACCCCCAGUGACUGGACGUAUCGUCGGAGGUGUCGAUGCCGACAUCGAAAGCUUCCCGUACCAGCUUUCCCUGCGUCGCAGUGGAUCGCACAGCUGUGGUGCCUCGGUCAUUUCCGACCGCUGGGCUCUUUCGGCUGCUCACUGCACCUACCCUGUGCCAAGUCUUGCCAUUAUGAGCCUGCGUGGCGGCACUGCCAACCGCCUGGAAGGAGGUAUCAUUUUCGAGGUUGAGCAGAUCAUUAACCAUCCCCAAUACGAUGACUGGAACUUGGAAAAUGACGUCUGCGUUCUCCGUACUGUGGAACCCCUGGAAGGCCUGCACAUUACUCCCAUUCAGCUGGUGCCAGCGGAAACAUACUACCCUCAUGGAACUCGUGCCGUUCUGUCCGGAUGGGGUCUUACGAGCGUCCCUGGAUCCCUGCCAGUCAUUCUGCAGAUGGUUGAUAUCCCAGUGAUUGAAGCGGAAACGUGCCGUGCCGGAUGGCCUGCAGGAUGGGUUACCGAUGACAUGCUGUGCGCCAGCGAACCAGGUCGCGAUGCCUGCAAUGGAGACAGCGGUGGCCCACUGGUUACUGGAGGACGCCAGAUCGGUAUUGUAUCGUGGGGAGCUACCAACUGCCUCGGUAACGAGCCUGGCGUCUAUGCUCGCGUGGCUUAUCCUCUUCUGCGCAACUGGAUCACCGAUGUCACUGGAGUGUAAAUACCUUCAUGUGGCCUGAACGUAAUUUAAUAAAGAGUGUGUUUUUGUAAAAAAAAAAAACAA